AUGUCAGAAUUGACGCCCAGCACGCUCUGCACCGCGUGCCAGUCCAUCUUUGGGCCAGACACGCAGAAAUCGGAGGAAACAGGCGAGAUCCCGCAUCAUGGCUUGGAAGAACUCGCAUCCCGGGCUAGCAACUGUCAUCUGUGUUUGACCGUGUUCAUGUCCAUCGACCCUGACGCCUAUAAAAACUUCCGGAAUAGUGGGCUGGCAGUCGACUCCGUUGGGUUCGCCUGGAUAUCGCCCAUUGCCAGGGACCAAGCAAGGCUCAAAUUCCGAUACGUGAAGCCUACCAAGUCGGAGGCGGACAAGGAGAACCGGGGACCGACUCCGAGCAGUAGCGGCUCGAAGGCGAGCAUGUCAUUGAAUUGGGACGAUGCGGCGGGCUUGGUGGUCGAAUUGAUUCUGAUGCAUCCAAGAUUUGCCGUUGAACCCGGAGUGCGAACCAUCGACCCGCGGUCUGUGAGCACAGCGUCGGUAGAAAGUCUCGAUCUCGCCAAACAGUGGAUUCAAGACUGUACCUUCAACCACAUGAAAUGUUCCGUGACUUCUGCCGCCGACACGACGUGGAAACCGACACAUCUGCUGGACGUUUCGAUCCGAGGUCCUAAGGGCGCUCGCGGGGUGAAACUUGUGGACGGCAUGUUCGUGGAUCCUUUGAGCGAGUACGUCACGCUCAGCCAUUGCUGGGGUAAAUCCAAGACGAUCCGUUUGCACAAAGGGACGCUCGCCGCGUUAAGGCAGGGUGUCAGUGUGGCGAACCUACCAAAGACAUUCGCCGAAGCCGCUCUCGUGACAGACCGCCUGGGCUUCCGAUACCUUUGGAUCGAUGCGCUGUGUAUCCGACACGAUAGCGAAACAGACGUGUUGGCGGAGGUGUCACAGAUGCACCGUGUCUAUUCAGAAGCGACACUCAACAUCGCCGCCACAUCCUCGAGGGACGAUGCGAGCGGAUUGAUCUACAGUCGCAAUGUUUCAGCACUGCAGCCCUGCAUCGUCUCCGUCCCCUUUGGUCUGGGCAUCGACGAAGGGAUGUACAAAAUACUACGCUCCACGUUAUGGCACGACCUGGUCGACUCGUCCCCUCUGAACAAGCGAGCGUGGGCUUUUCAAGAACGCUGCCUCGCGAAACGAACAUUGCACUUUACUCGCAAUGAACUCUUUUGGGAAUGCCAACAGAUGUGUUGUUCAGAAGUGUUUCCGAAGGGUCUUCCCGCCACAAUGGGCCCGCCUUCGUCUCGGGAGAGUGUGGAGUUCUUCAGCAAGAAGGUCCAUCACCAGCGGCAUGGGAAUUGGCAUCAGCUGGUGAAGAUGUAUUCCCCCAAGAAAUUGACGUACUCGAGCGACAAGCUCUUGGCCAUCGAAGGGCUCGCGAAACAGUACAUGGCAAAGAACCGAUUACACGCCGACGACUACCUCGUCGGCCUAUGGAAGCCGCAGCUACCACAUGCGCUCCUCUGGCGAGUCGAGGGCGGGAGGCGGCCGACGAAAUAUAGAGCCCCAACGUGGACCUGGGCGUCGAUCGACGGCGAAGUCAGAUACCCCGAACCGGCAUCUUCGGCGCGAGAGACUUGUAUUGAGAUCAUUGAGCUUGACAUGAAAUACAACCCGCCCGGCGACAACUUCGGCUUCGUGACCGGCGGCAGAAUGAAGGUGCGCGGAUUCAUGGCGAGAGGGCUAUUGAAACGAACGCGUGACUACUGGGGCGCGACGCCCUGCGUGAUCCAAUGUACCAAAGCCCAGGUUGAACUUGAGAAAGCGGCAUUCGACGAUCGGCUGCCGAAACUCUCCGACGCUGGCAGUGGAAUGCUCUGUGAGAUGCUCGAGAUCUACCUCUUACCGGUCAUCGACGUGGUGGAUCGGGUGGAGGGAUUGCUCCUCUGCGCGACGAUGAAAAAGGGCGAGUUCCGGAGGAUUGGAGCCUUUGACGUGAGUCGUUAUGACCAGGCCAACUGGGACCGGUUCCGCAGCGUCAUGAAAGGCGAGGCGGAGAUGAACAAUUACGUGGAGAGGCUGGACCACAUGAACGGGUAUUGGUUUGCAAGUGACUAUACUUAUACGAUUAAUAUCAUCUGA